UCGGAAGUUGGAAAAGCUCCCAUCCAACCAUGGCCAAACCGCGGACACCACGAAACGCCCAACUACCGAUAGCGCUUUGUUAUCGACGACUAUCCUUGCCUACACGAGACCGAGGCUUUUCAACUAGCGCCAAGGACAGGGACACCACCAGGCACAACAGGCACACCAGGCACAACUCGGGAACUGGUCGCACAUCUUUCACAUGCUAUGGAUAUGCCCUUUUUCAAAGAGUUGGUAACCAUCUCGCACUCGAGUUGUUUUGUUUGUUGGUGUUGGGCACCCAAACUCGCAAAAUGCCCUUGGACGUUCCAUCUUCCCCAGCAAGAUCUAUGCUACCAUGAUUAGCGAGCACAAAUGUCACCAAUCGACGUGUUGUUUUCUAGGAUUCCCCGUGGGGAAGUGGAGUCCUCGUAACAUGGGUUCACUAUGGUUACCGUCGUCGCCGUCGUCGUUGUCGCCGUCGUAUUGUAGCAGUCACACUGCCUUGUCCGCCGCCCACAAACAGACUAAUCAGCCAUCCAAGAUAACAAAUAUCCUGCAUGUCCGGUGGUAACUUGAACGGUAGUUGAGGUGGGAAGUCCUGGGGAAAUGCUCCCCUAACCUUCGGCCACUUGCCUGUCUCGUCCAUUACUCCAUGUUGGCACCUGGUCACCUGGCCCUGCUUGCAACCACGAAAGAGCCUCCCUCCACCCUGCUGCUCCGGUCAGCAACCCAACACCACAACCACCAAAAUGCGGGGUGGAAGACACAAGCAUAGCUUCUCGUUUUGGGCUGGCUUGGACUAAGAGUUUUGUGAGAUGGAUCCACGGAGCAUGUGCGUAGGUUAGCCUAUGGAUGGGAUAGCGAGGGAUCGAUCGCCUGUCAACAUUGGUAUUAAACCACCACCAUCCCGCCGCUGUCAAGAUGUGAUUAGAAGAGAAGAGACGACAAGGACUGCGCCCUCUCCUUCCCUUCCUCAUCCACUCCGGACUACAUCUUCACCAUGAAGGGCUUUUCCAACGCUCUCCUCGCUACCUCCCUGGCCCUCCUUGGCCGGGUCUCUGCUGCCCCAGCUGAGCCCCCUACCCAGGUGUUGCACAAGCGAGCCGCCCCGACUGUCACCAUUUCCACCGGUACGAUUGUGGGUGCUAACGGCAUCCUCACUGAGGCCUUCAACGGAAUCCCCUACGCCCUUCCUCCGACCGGCAACCUUCGCCUCAAGCCUCCCGUGAGACUUAAGUCGUCUCUGGGUGUCUUUGAUGCGUCUGGCAUCGGCCCUGCUUGCCCCCAGUUCCUUGCUGACACCUCGUCGAACGAGUUUCUGCCUCAGGUUAUCGAUAAGAUCGUUAACACGCAGCUUUUCAAGACUAUACUCAACGUCAAGGAGGACUGCUUGACCAUCUCGGUCACUCGUCCCAAGGGCACCAAGGCUGGUGAUAAGCUCCCCGUCCUUUUCUGGAUCUUUGGUGGUGGUUUCGAACUCGGAUCGGCGUCCAUGUACGAUGGCGCUCCCCUAGUCACCAACGCUAUCAACAUGGGUAAGCCGUACGUCUACGUUGCCGUCAACUACCGUGUCGGUGGCUUUGGUUUCAUGCCCGGAAAGGAGAUCCUUAAGGACGGCUCUUCCAACUUGGGUCACCUUGACCAGCGCAUGGGCCUCCAGUGGGUUGCCGACAACAUUGCUGCCUUCGGCGGUGACCCAGACAAGGUCACUAUCUGGGGCGAGUCCGCCGGUGCCAUGUCCGUUUUCAACCAGAUGUCUCUCUAUGACGGUGACAACACGUACAACGGCAAGCCCCUUUUCCGUGGCGCCAUCAUGAACUCUGGUUCCAUCGUCCCCGCCGGCCCCGUCGACUGCCCCAAGGGCCAGAAAGUCUACGACACCGUCGUCAAGAACGCCGGCUGCUCUGGUGCUGCUGACACCCUUGCUUGCCUGCGCGCUCUUCCCUACGAGACUUUUCUCAAGGCCGCUAACUCCGUGCCUGGGAUUCUGUCGUACAACUCCGUUGCUCUUUCUUACCUCCCGCGACCCGAUGGCAAGGCUUUGACUCAGAGCGCCGAUAAGCUCAUGCUCGCUAAGAAGUACGCCGCCGUCCCCAUGAUCAUCGGCGAUCAAGAGGAUGAGGGCACUCUCUUCUCCCUCUUCCAGAGCAACAUCACCACCACCAGCAAGCUGGUCAGCUACCUCAACGAUAUCUUCUUCAACGACGCCACCGAGUCGCAGAUUAAGUCUCUCGUCUCGACCUACAGUACCCUUAUCUCCGCCGGCUCGCCCUUUGGCACCGGCCUCUUCAACGAGAUUUACCCCGGCUUCAAGCGCCUGGCCGCCAUUCUUGGCGAUCUCAUCUUCACCCUCAGCCGCCGCAUCUUUCUCGACGCCGCCACCACUCUCAACCCCUCGGUGCCCGCCUGGUCGUAUCUUGCGUCUUACAACUUUGGCACACCCAUCCUUGGAACCUUUCACGCCUCCGAUAUCCUGCAGGUGUUCUACGGCAUCCUGCCCAACUACGCCAGCAAAAGCAUCCAGUCUUACUACGCCAACUUUGUUUACAACCUUGACCCCAACGACGCCUCCGGUGGCACUUCCUCUAAGAGCAAGGUCAGCCAGGAUUGGCCGCAAUGGCAGAAGGAGAGAAAGCUGGUCCAGUUCUUUUCGGACUAUGCCGGAUAUCUUGCGGAUGAUUUCCGCUCUGAUUCGUAUAACUGGAUUAAGGCUAAUCUUGAUGCUCUUCACAUCUAAGGGGAUGACUAUGACGGAGUGUCUAGGACACUGUCAAAGGAUUGAAGUUGCAGUGUGGAGGUUAAAAUGAUUGAAGAUGAUACGGCAUUCCAAUCAAAGGCAAGGCCUUUUUCUUAGUCCGUGUUCCUGAGUCGUGAUGUCCUGCAGCGGUUAUGAGUCUGCAUGAUGGUUCAUGCACGGGAAGGAUGCAUCGGGGUACUGAGGAAUCGGGUUAUUAUCUGGAGGAUUGGGAUGGAUAGGGAUGUGCGGGCAGUCAGUCGUCACCUAGCAUCAGGUUUCGAAUGCAUUUGCAGUUUUUGCAUCAUCAUCAUUUUGCUAUUCCCGCCUGCUUUGGUUCGUGAAGCGCAAGUACAGGUAGGUCACAUCAAGACUGGUGUCACCUCCCUUUUCGCGGUGCUCCUCUGCUCCACUCGACGAGGCGUCAUUGCUCGGAUGUAAGCUCGAGUGCAUGUCUAUGUUCAGUCGCAUGUGAGCUAUUUCUUUCCUUCGCGUAUGACUUGCCCACUGCAAUGCAAUCUCAGGUUUUCAUCUACAUGCGUGAUGGUAAACCGCAUAACAGAGUUCCUUGUUG